AUGUUCUUUCUGUAUAACAGCCUUGGUGCAGCAAUGAUCACAUCUGUAGUAGGAAUCAUGUGUGUUCUUGUGUCUGUUGUGCUGGGCACGAGACGGAACAACAGGUUCCAAUCUAAUGUGAUGAAGUGUCAGGAUUCAAGAAUGAAGGCAACAAAUGAGAUGCUUAACUACAUGCGUGCGAUCAAAUUCCAGGCUUGGGAGGAGCACUUUAAUAAGAGAAUUCCGGCUUUCCGUGAGUCGGAGUUUAGCUGGCUGACCAAGUUCAUGUACUCAAUCUCUGUGGUUAUGUGGUGCACCCCAGUACUUAUAUCAACUCUCACAUUUGGCACUGUACUCUUAUUGGGUGUCUGGCUUGAUGCCAGGACAUUGUUCACAACCACAAGCAUCUUCAACAAUUUGCGGGAUCCCAUCAGGACCUUCCCACAAUCUAUGAUUUCAAUUUCUCAAGCUAUGAUAUCUCUUGGGAGGUUGGACCGUUAUAUGAUGAGUAGGGAAUUGGUGGAGGAUGCGGUGGAGAGAGACAAGGGCUGUGAUAGAAGAACUGCUGUGGAGGUUAAAAAUGGCGCGUUUAGCUGGGAUGAUGAAAGCAAAGAAGAGGAUUUGAAACACAUAAAUUUGAAUGUCAAUAAAGGGGAGCUAACGGCUAUUGUAGGAACAGUGGGAUCUGGAAAGUCUUCCCUUCUAGCCUCAAUUCUUGGUGAGAUGCACAAGUUAUCCAGAAAGGUAUGA